GGUGGGAAUGAAUUGACGAUGAAUUGCUCCCAAAUUCAGAUAUGCAAUUUUCCCACGUUUGCCUCCUUGCCUCUUCCGCUUCGUCUCUACACUCCUCCCUAUCGAUUCUCCCAUUCUUCUCUACUCUAUCCUCUCGAUCGAUUGUUGAAUACCACCGCUGCAACAUCACUUGGAAACCAGCGACUCAUCAUCUGCUGAAAUCGCACCGGCGCACUGUUGGAAACCUAGCGAUGACCCCUGGUUCGAACCUACCAUCGAUUCAACAGGGUGAGAUAGGUCGUAGAAGUGGAGGUGAUAACGUACUUGAAAGGGAAGGAUAUGCUGGAUUUUCGUUGGGACUUGUUGCUUUUGGUCGUGGCCUAGAUGCGAUUGGUUUUAUGGAUACGUUACUUGAGCGGUUGUUCCAAUAUGCCGGCGGCAAAGAGAUUCACAAUCUAACUGCCGUUUGAAUCAGUUCACCACAUUUCUACAGGAUUCUGGCUAUUUGUACUAUAUUUUUGAAAGAUGCGUGGUAUUAGGAGCUCAUGUGGAUGACUUUGUUGCUUUGGCUUUCCUCAGGAAAGGUCCAUUUUCUCCAACACAUCGAUAGAUGAUCACAAUCGUGGUUCUGGGCAGGUUGUGCGUUACCAAAUUUAGAGUAUAUUUUGGUUACAAUAAGAGACUACCGAAGAACAAAAGAAGCAUUGAAUUUUUAUAUAUAAAAUGAAGCAAAUUGCA